AUGUCAACUGUUUGGCCACCUGUAGAGAGGAACAGUGCUGGGAAGAUGAUACAGGAUUCCCUGGGCUUAAUGCCUGAUGACAUACUUGCUGACUAUGCCUGCCAAAGGUACACAACCAAGUUUACCAUCAUGGCCUUUUGGUGCUACACAAGGUCUAGCCAAUUUUUGUGUACAAAGUGCUCCAAGGAGCAGAAAGGCUGCAGCUUCCAGCCCGGGUGGAUGCUGAAGGACAAGGGCAAGUCGAAGGGGAAAAAGAAGUCAAAAGUGAAGGUGGCCAAAACGUUGGAGGAGCCAGAACCAUCAUGCCCAACUAAAAAGCAUAAGGGUAAGUUGGAGGUUCUUGAGGCACAUUUGGGUGGAUGGGCAGUUUCAGAUGUGGUGCUGGUGGAAGACUCAUUAAAUGCCAAGGAUUUGGACAUGUCUAUGUUGGGUGACUUUGUGCCCAAUGUGUAG